AUGCAUAUAAAUCAAAUAAUUUUCCUUCUGAUCAUAUUAUUUCCUUAUCAUGUUAACUCGAUAAAACCCAUUAAACACAAAAAUGUAAAUAAUCUAUUCAUUGAAAUAUAUCCAUAUAAAAAAAAAUGGGAAACUAAGAAAAAAACAAAGAGCCAUUUAAUAAAAAAUAAUAAAUUAAUAAGUAAUGUAGAUGUUAAUUAUAUUAAUAUGAUAAACAAUGGAAAUAAUAUAUCAUCAGAAAAAUCUAGAGAUGUAAAAACAAAAAAAAAAAAAAUUAUAAGUGGAGAGUAUGGAAUGAGUCUUGAAUUUUUUAAGAAAAAUUCAAAAAAAGUAGUCCAAAAUUUGAAAAAGAGAGGUAUGAACAAAUAUCUAAAUGUUAUUGUGAUGCUAAAAAAACUCAUAAAUGAAAAGAAUGAAAAUGAGGUUUUAAGAAAUAAACUAAGAAAUAGAAGAAAGAUAUUAUCAGAUGAUAUAAAAAAUCUUAUAUUUAAUAGUAAAAAAUAUGAAGACAUAUUAAAUAAAGAUAUCACGAAUAAUUCUGAUGAUAAGGCUAAUUUAAUAACCCUAAAUGAAAAAGAAAAAAAAUAUGAUACACAAGAUGAUAAUAUAAAUAAGGAAAAGAUAAAAUAUAUAAAUCAAACAAAUCAAGAUACAAUUAAUAAUUUAAAACAAUAUGAUGAUGUUUUAAAAAAUAAUAAAUUAGAAAUUGAAAAGAUUAAAAAAGAAACGAACGAAAUUAAUAAAGAUAUAGAUGAUAUAGAAAUAAAAAUCUUAAAUUUAAAAAAAGAAAUAGAAUAUAAUUUAUAUAAAUUACCAAAUAUUUUAUUAAAUAAAGUACCAGAAGGGGAAUCAUCAGAAGAUAAUAAAAUAAUAAAAUUUUAUAAAAAAGAAAAUAUUAUUCAAUUCAACAAUAAGGACAAUAUAUAUCUUGAACCACAUGAAGAGAUAAUAAAAAAAUAUGAAAAUAAUUUUAUUUUCUCAAAUAUAUCUAAUAAAAUAGGUUCAGGUUAUAAUAUUCUAAUUAAUGAUAUAGCUAAAUUAGAAAGAGCUCUUAUAGAUUUUAUGAUUAAUACACAUGUUAAUAAGUUCUUAUAUACAUAUGUUAAGGCACCAGAAAUCGUAACUAAAUCAGCAUUAAUUAAUACAGGGCAAUUACCAAAAUUUGAAGAAGAUUUAUUUAAAAUUAAAGAUGAUUAUAAAUUAUUAAAUGAAGAUGCUUAUUUAAUACCUACAAGUGAAGUCUCAUUAUUAAAUUUAUUUAAAAAUAGUCUAAUCGAUUUUAUACAUCUACCUAUAAAAUUAGUUAGUCAUUCAUCUUGUUUUAGAAUAGAAAAAAAUAAUACAUAUGGAAAAACUUCAAAAGGAUUAUUAAGAGAACAUAUAUUUCAAAAGGUUGAAUUAAUAAAUAUAACUGAUAAAAAAACAUCUCCUUAUUAUUAUAAAAAUUUAAUUAAACAAAGUACAUAUAUUUUAAAACAAUUAAAUAUACCUCAUAGAUUAGUCUUAUUAAAUUCUAUAGAAACUCCUUAUUCAGCAUCUAUAUGUUAUGAUAUAGAAGCUUGGCUACCUAGCCAACAAAGAUAUAUCGAAGUAUCUUCAUGUUCUAAUUGUUUAGAUUUUCAAGCAAGACGUUUAAAUUUAAAAUAUAAAAUUAAAGAUUCAAAUUUUUUCUGUCAUACUAUUAAUGGUUCAGGCUUAGCCGUAGGAAGGGUAUUAGCAAUUAUUCUUGAGCAAUAUCAAAUCAAAAAAAAAAACAAAAAUGAAAUAACAAAAAUUCAGGUUCCUAAGGUUCUGAGGAAAUAUAUGAAGAAGGAUAUAAUACAAGUGGAAUAUAAUUAA